UAUUCUAAUACUCCGUUAAAACCUAAUCAGCUUGUGAAAACAAACUAGUUAAAAAUUCCUUUUAAGUAAACGGGUUUCAGAACUUGGCAAAGAUGAUCGUUACGUUAAAGAAAUGAUAUGUGUAUAUGUAUGUGAUUAAAUUACCAUAUGAAUGUAUUCGUUGAUUGGAACCUAUCAAUGGUCAACUACGCCCAGCCCAUGACUUUCAAAAGCUUUGAGAAUGGGGUUAGUUGGGUUUUAGCUAGCAUAAAUAUUUAUGUCGCUGUCUUUAUAUGGCUGUUGCCAAAUUGAUGCAAAAACUUUCACUGACCCAUCAGCCAGUCAAAAUACUAUUAAAACCAGCCCAUACCUGAGCGUUCUUAACAAUAUCUUAAGUGUAAAUUGUGUUGACAACUUAAGUUCGACUUGAUUUUAAUUUUAGUUGGCUCUGAGCCAGCGAAGAAAACAGGCGCGAGUUUAAGAUUUUAUUUCAGGCAACAGAAUGCAUUUCCAACAGUGGGCAGCAUUUCUUCUGCUGGCGUGGAUUGGUGUUCCAGGCCAGAUUCAAGCAGCUAGGACAAUUAGCUUAAAGCAAGUCCAGUAUUUGCAGCCACAGAUGCAGACGCCAAAAAAAUCUGGCAGCACUCAGAUUGCUUAUCCGAAAUACUCAUUUGUGCCGAGCAGGUUUCCCAGUGACAGACACAAUCCUUAUCUCUUAUCAGGUCAACCAAAAGCAGCGCCUACGACUACAACAGAGCGGCCUUUUGUGCGGGUCUGGAACAACUUUUUACGGAGCGUACAGCCAAAUUUCGGUUUGCGUAAUCUGACCAAUCCAUUAGUAAACUUGUUCAACAAUGGCGUUACCAACUUAAUCGAAACAGUGCCCGUGCCAGCACAGAUUUACAAUGAUGAGCAACAGGAGGAUGAGGUGCAGCAAUCGUCCGCAGCUGUAACGCAGAACGCCAAAAAACGCAAACGCAAGCGUCGUAAGCAGCAAAAGCAUAGACCAAUCUAUGACUCACAGGAGCUGAAUGAUCCUUAUGACUACUACGGUACCACACUGCACCAGCCUAUGUACUAUUAUGGUCCUAAUGACUACUAUGGAGUGCGUCGCGUGCAAUCCUAUGCGGACUAUCCUCGUCAGCUAAAUUACUAUGAUCACUAUUUUCAAGAUAAUUCAGUGACAGGGGAUGUAUCACAAUAUACGGCUGAAGAGAGCCUUGGUAAACGUAAUACUAAAAACUAUGCCGUACUGCGACCUCUCACUUUGACGAUUCAGUUGCCGAGUGGCGAAACUACACACGACGAACCACUCAAUGACAGUGUAGCCAAUGAAAACACCGAUGAAACGUAUGUUGUCGUCGGAACCAAUACCGAAGGCAACGUUGAUUCCGCACCAAAUGCUGCAUCGAGCGAUGAUCGUGUGCCUCUCUCUGAGAGCGUGCGCAAUGCAUUUGGCACAUAUAUGCAUGACGAUAUCGAUAAUCGUGAACGCCAGCGUCAACCCGCCCACCAGAGAGAAUUGGCUGCGUUGGCUAAAUCGAAACCCCGUCAGCAACAGCGUUACUUAUUUGCUGCACGCUUGGUAAAUAACCACAAAUAAAAUAUGUUUUAUGUAAAUGAUGUAUGUAUUAUGAUUGUGUCUGUUAGUCUGACUGUAGGG